CGGGCGGGAAGGCGCGAGCGUUGACGGGCGCGGGGCCGUGUCGCGCUGCCGGGGGUUCCCUCCGGCAGAGCCUGCCGCUGAACCCCAAACCCUUCCUGAACGGGCUCACGGGGAAGCCGGUGAUGGUGAAGCUCAAGUGGGGCAUGGAGUACAAGGGCUACCUCGUGUCCGUCGAUGGCUACAUGAACAUGCAGGUGAGGGGCCGCUCUGGCGCUUUGUUUUAUUAUUCUGCUCAUAGGUGCAAUAAUGUUUUGUACAUCAGAGGUGUGGAAGAAGAGGAAGAAGAUGGAGAAAUGAGAGAAUAGGUGUUUUGUAUAUCUGGAAAUAAACUGGGGUUUUUUUGGUCUUUUUUAUUUUCCACAA